UUCUCUUCUCCUCUUCCUCAGAAUCAUAACAUGGGCCAAACGCAGAGCACCCCUCUCUCCCUCCUUCUCGCCAACUUCAGGGACGUAAAAGCUAGGGGACACAACUUAAGCCUAGACAUUCGCAAAAGGAAGUUGAUCACCUAUUGCCGCUCUGAAUGGCCCACCUUUGGGGUCAAUUGGCCUACAGAGGGAACCUUCUGCCUCCCCGUGGUCCUUAAAGUAAAAUCAAUAAUUUUCCUACCAGGGAAAGAAGGUCACUCGGAUCAGAUUCCCUAUAUUCUGGUGUGGCAAGAUUUAGUAGAAAACCCACCUCCCUGGAUGGCCUCUUUCUUAACAACAGGGCCAUGCAAAAUUCUAGCGGCUAAACCUAUCAACCCACCCAAGCCGCCAACUCCAACUGCACCCCCUGUUCUCCCCGACAGCCAAGAUUUACUUUCCCUUGACCCUCCCCCUUACCAGGUUCCUCCUCUCAUUCCGCAAGCUGCCCCUAUCCCUGCUGCGCCGGCAGAGCCUCCCGUAGCCCAGCCCAUAGGAGAACUAGAGAAUAGGGAGGCUCAACCCGCGCCCAUGCCUAGUGGGGGCGAAGUCCAAAGGCCGGCUGGACGCACCCGUAGGCGGGCCCCUCAUGAGCCAGGACUCCGCCUUCCUGACUCCACCGUAGCUUUACCCUUACGGGAAAUAGGGCCUCCCGAUGGUACGGGGAACCCCCGACUUCAAUACUGGCCCUUCUCUACCAGUGACCUAUAUAACUGGAAAACCCAGAAUGCCCGAUUUUCUGACAACCCUAAAGAUUUAAUAAGUCUCUUAGACAGUGUUAUGUUUACCCACCAACCCACCUGGGAUGAUUGUCAGCAGCUCCUCCGAAUCCUGUUCACCACCGAGGAAAUGACCAAAGUCCUGGCCGCUGUUGUCCAAAAGCCCCUGGAUAAACAAAAGUCCCUAGAUAAGGACCAAUGUGCCUAUUGCAAAGAAAAAGGCCAUUGGGCCCGAGAAUGCCCUAAAAAGAAAAAGCCACGUCAUGAUCAAAAACCGUGGCAGCCAAAAACCACACCCGCCCUCUUCACUCAAGAUGCAGAAUAGGGGAGACGGGGUUCGGAUCCCCUCCCCGAACCUAGGGUAACGCUACAAGUGGAGGGGAACCCAGUUCAAUUCCUAGUCGACACAGGGGCACAACAUUCGGUCUUGAUCAGACCCCAUGGAAAAAUUUCUGAAAAAUCUUCCUGGGUCCAAGGGGCUACCGGGAUAAAAAAAUAUCCCUGGACCACCCAGAGGACUGUGGACCUAGGAAAUGGAAAGGUCACCCAUUCCUUCCUAGUCAUCCCCGACAGCCCCUGCCCCUUAUUAGGAAGAGACUUACUCACUAAAAUGGGGGCCCAGAUUCAUUUUACGCCAGGGGGCCCCCAAGUGACUGGCCCUCACAACCAACCCAUUACCAUACUUACUCUAAGAUUAGAAGAUGAAUAUCGACUCCAUCAGGGGCCACCCUCACAAAGUCAAAACAUAGAGCCCUGGCUCCAGCAGUUUCCAGAAGCAUGGGCUGAAACCGGGGGUAUGGGGUUGGCUAAACAUCGCCCAGCUCUAUUCAUAGAGCUGAAACCAGGGGCAGAUCCAGUUCGGGUCCGACAAUACCCGAUGUCAAUGGAGGCCAGAAAUGGCAUCACGCCACAUAUCCGUCGCCUCCUAGACUUAGGCAUCUUGCGUCCCUGCCAUUCAGCCUGGAACACCCCCCUGCUGCCUGUACGAAAACCUAACAGUGCGGACUACCGUCCGGUACAAGAUCUGAGAGAAGUUAACUGCCGAGUCAUGGACAUACACCCAACAGUACCCAACCCCUAUACCCUCCUAAAUGCCCUCAGCCCAGGAAGACAAUGGUAUACUGUCCUUGAUUUAAAAGAUGCUUUUUUCAGCCUGCCUCUGGCCCCCAAAAGCCAAGAGCUCUUCACCUUCGAGUAGUGGUCCGACCCUGAGAGAGGCAUAAAUGGGCAACUCACCUGGACCCGGCUCCCCCAAGGAUUUAAAAACUCACCCACCUUGUUCGAUGAGGCACUUCACGAGGAUCGAUCCGAGGUAACCUACUUGGGGUAUCUGUUAAGAGAAAGCCAACGAUGGCUCACUGAUGCACGGAAGGAAACCGUCCUCCGCAUCCCCUGACCCACAACGCGAAGGCAGGUAAGAGAAUUCCUGGGAUCGGCCGGGUUCUGCCGCUUGUAGAUACCUCGGUUCGCCGAGAUGGCUAAGCCUCUUUACCGGGUCACCCGAGAACAGGUGCCCUUUGAAUGGACAGAGGAAACUGAGCAGGCUUUCCAGCAAAUUAAACUCGCCCUGUUGUCGGCACCAGCCUUAGGGCUCCCCGAUGUCUCCAAACCCUUUCAUCUCUUCGUAGAUGAAAACAAAGGGGUAGCCAAAGCAGUGCUGACGCAACUCCUUGGCCCAUGGCCCAGGCCCGUUGCCUAUCUUUCAAAAAGACUGGACCCAGUAGCGGCUGGCUGGCCCUCUUGCCUCCGUAUGAUCGCUGCUACAGCUCUAAUGGUAAAGGAUGCUGAUAAAUUAACUAUGGGACAAGAGUUACAUGUUACAACCCCUCAUGCCAUCGAGGGAGUCCUCAAACAACCUCCUGACCGAUGGAUAAGUAACGCCCGACUGGUUCACUACCAGGGACUAUUAUUAAAUCCCCUCAGAAUCAUUUAUGCUCCCCCCCGAACACUAAACCCUGCCUCCCUGUUACCAGACCCGGACUUGGAUACCCCCCUCCAUGACUGCGCUGAGAUAUUGGCACAAGUUCAUGGAGUUCGGGAAGAUUUACAGGAUGACCCUCUACCAGACGCCCAGGUUACCUGGUUCACUGACGGCAGCAGCUUUGUACAUCAGGGUCAAAGGUAUGCGGGGGCAGCAGUCACAACUAAAACUGAGACUGUUUGGGCAGAGCUUUUGUCAGCUGGCACCUCUGCCCAACGGGCUGAACUUGUGGCCUUAACCAAGGCACUGACUUUGGGAAAAGACAAGAGACUAAACGUGUAUACCGAUAGCAGAUAUGCUUUUGCUACGGCCCACAUACAUGGAGCUAUAUACAGAGAGAGGGGACUGUUAACUGCAGAGGGGAAAACUAUCAAAAACAAAGAAGAAAUAUUGGCUCUUUUAAAGGCACUCUGGCUGCCUAAACGACUAGCCAUCAUACAUUGCCCAGGCCACCAAAAACCGGUCACACCGGUGGCUAGAGGAAAUAAUUUGGCUGACCAGGUGGCCCGAGAGGCGGCCUUACAGGUGGACUGUGCUUUAAUGACCACCCUACCAGACCCCGGUUCAGCUAGUUUACCAGAAAGUCCCACCUACACUAAAGAAGACCUAAACUGGAUCCAAAAAUUGCCUAUGACUCAGUGCCUUAAUGGAUGGUGGAGAGCAGCAGACUGUAGCAUAAUCCUCCCAGAAGAAAUGGGAAAUAAAGUCUUAUCCAAGAUGCACCGAGCCACUCAUAUGGGCACAAGAGAAAUGCAAGACUUAAUAAGACAUGCUAGGAUCACCAUUAAAGACUCUAGGACAAAAAUUGAACAGAUAGUUACUAGCUGUAAACCUUGCCAAUUAACUAAUGCCACCAACCACGGAAAAAACCCUGGCUCCAGAACCCGCGGAACCAGGCCGGGAGCCUAUUGGGAAGUAGACUUCACCGAGGUAAAGCCUGGAAAAUAUGGAUACAAAUAUUUGUUAGUGUUUAUAGAUACCUUUUCAGGAUGGACAGAGGCCUUCCCCACCAAGCAUGAGAUUGCGCAGGUAGUAGCAAAGAAAAUGUUGGAAGACAUCAUGCCCAGGUACGGAUUCCCUACCCUAAUAGGAUCAGACAAUGGACCAGCAUUCGUUUCAAAGGUAAUACAAGGGAUAGCGCAGUUUAUUGGGGCCGAUUGGAAACUACAUUGUGCAUAUAGACCCCAAAGCUCAGGACAGGUAGAAAGAAUGAAUAGAACCCUAAAAGAGACCCUAACCAAAUUGACCAUGGAGACUGGCGCUAACUGGGUAGUCUUACUCCUCUACGCUCUGUUCAGGGUGUGGAACUCCCCUUACAAACUGGGAUUAACCCCCUUUGAAAUCAUGUAUGGAGUGCCCCCCCCAUAAUUCCCAACCUACAGUCUAAUGUGUUAACUGAAUUUGAUGAUCAUAAACUUCUUAUUUCCCUGAGGGAACUCCAGCGCACCCACCAGAAAGUUUGGCCCAGACUGAGAGCCGUUUACGAGACCGGGCCCCCUCCUGAGCCGCAUCACUACCGACCCGGAGACUGGGUAUACGUGAGGAGACAUGAGCGAAAAAAGAAAGAACAGGAGGCAGGAUGGUUUGAAUCCUGGUUCAGUGCGUCCCCAUGGUUAACUACCCUGC